AUGAAUCGUUCUGCUGCUGUACCUUUUACUAUUGUUAGCAACAAUCAUGGCUACGUUCAAGUAUAUAAACGCGUAGAUAUGAUCGGAGCAGGCGGGUUCGGUAAAGUGUUUAAAGUCGUCGAACAAAAAACGCAACAAACAUAUGCUUUGAAAGUUAUUCCUAACGACAAGUUUACAACGAAUGCCGAAAGAGAAGCUCUUCAGAAUGAAAUAAGUCUCCAGAAAUCAUGCAAUCAUCCCAAUAUUGUGAAAAUUAUUCAUACGUUCGCUGAUUCACUGAACCAAUAUAUUGUUUUGGAGUACUGUCCUGGUGGAUCGAUGGAAGCUAAGUAUAAAACCGAAGGGAGGUUCACACCGGAAAAGGUGGCCGAAUUUUUAAAAGAUGCUCUUUCAGCUCUCUGCUAUAUCCAUGCAAAAGGAAUUGUGCACCGUGAUAUCAAAUUAUCAAACUUCCUGAUAGGAGAAGAUGGCCACGUAAAACUUUGCGAUUUCGGUUUUGCAAUAAAAGACAACCCAAACAUCAAAACUUCCGUUAGUGGCACCCCAUCUUAUAUUGCCCCAGAGUUAAUCUUUAAGGGAACAGACGGAAUUAGUCCAAAAAUCGAUAUUUGGGCGAUUGGAAUAUGCGUUUUUACUCUUUUAAACGGGUAUCCACCAUUUGAAGCGUCAUCCGCAAAGAUGUCAUUCGAGAGAAUCAAAAACGGUACAUACAGAUUUAAUAUCGCUGCAAACGUUUCUUAUUUCGCCAAAGAAUUUAUUCAAAAAGCUCUGACGCGUGAUCCGGAAGAAAGACCUACAGCCGAAGAAUUACUUCACCACCAAUUACUAAUGAAACAAGCGACUACUCCUGCCAUAAAAAUGUCGAAAUCUUUCAGUACAAUUCCGCAAAUGAAUACAAAGAAUCUGGAUCACUCCCCGAUAGCCCCAAUAUCACCUCUAGCAGAUCCAGAACCUCAGCAACUCAUCGAACCAACAGAAAGCCCAUCAGAUUCAGUAAAUUCGGACUACAGAUUGCCUCCGAAACAUUCUGUAUGCAGAUUUUGGGAUUUGAGCGAUAAAUACGGUCUCGGCUAUUUGCUACAGGAUGGAUGCGUAGGAGCUGUAUUCAAUGACUACACUAGAAUGAUAUCUGAUCCACAUAGAACUUUCAUUCAAUAUUAUGAUUCGCCGCAUACUGUUAAUUUUCAAAUCGUUGAUGCCAAAACACCUAGCGAUGAUGUAUCAAAGAAGCUUAUCAUACUUUCAAAGUUCAGCGACGCUCUUAGAAAAGGCAAUGAUUUAUAUAAGAUUCCAGCAUUGAAAUACGACAGAAACUCCGCAUUGAAAUACGUCAGACAUUGGUCCCGCGAGGAUAAAAGAGUACUAUUUAGGUUUGACAAUGGCGAUAUUCAAGUCAACUUCGAAGACUCCAUAAAACUCUUCAUUUUCUGGUCCGACCAGAAGCUUAUACUCUCUAACAGUUUGAAACAAGAGGGUAAAUGCAUUGGCGUAAACCAGGUUUCGGAUAAUGGAAAUGAAGAAGAGAAAAAGAGACUUGCGAUCGCUAAAAGGAUGUUAAAGACACCUGUAGAGAAGAGUCCUCAUAUGAGCCAAUAG